AUGGAGACACCAGGUGUAACCACGGUGAGGCUGUGUGUCGUGGCUGCCCUGCUGAUCACAGGGUCGACUGGGUCAGUCUGUUACACUGAAGUGGAAUCACUGGACUUAGGAUGCCUCCUGCGGUGGGAUUGUCCCCGUGCCAGGUCUAAUACCACCUACACCGUGCAGACAAAGACACAGGGGGACCCCUGGCAGGACGUACCGUGGUGUGUUUGGGUCUCGUCCCGCAGCUGUGACGUCUCGCAGGCCUUCUCAAACUAUGAGCUGUACAACAUGAUUCGUCUGGGCGUCCACCAUAGCCCCACGUCCACCGUCUGGAUGAAGCCCCGCAAGUUCGACUAUAGUGACUUCACCUUCAGCCCUCCCUCUGUCUCAGCCUCUCUGAAAGACGACCAGCUGCUGGUGAAGGUGCAGUUCCCCUGUGCGGCCAACAGGAGGUGCUCUCUGGGGAGGUGCUGUCCCAUCACUGAACUGAUUGACCCCUGGACUACAGUGACUAUGUACAAUAAGGCCAAUCACUCUGAGUACCAGAGCCGCACAGUUUGGACCCAGGAAGUUUUGUCCCAUGUGGAGUUCUCUGGUCUGGCUCCAGGUCAGAACUACUGCAUCGUGGCCAACUUCUCCUUCCCGACAUUCUCCAUGGCAGCUUCCCCGAAAUCUGCCCCUCAGUGUGUCCAGACUGUUUCCACAUCAGGGCCGCUGCCUGUGUUGUGUCUGGGAAUCGGUCUGACGUCUUUGCUCCUUGUCCCACUUCUCACUGUGUUUCUGAGAAGACCAAGACAACCAGCACCAACCACUGAAAAUCAGCCCAAGACUCCGGUGUCCAUUCCUGAUCCAGUCUCUUUGGUGCCUCUCCCCAUGGUCCCUGUUGACCCUUGUGACAUCCACGUGGAAUUCACUGAUGACCACAUCUCCAUUGAGUCCUCCUCCAACCAGGACCAGACCUCGACGCACACCAGUGAUCCUCUCCAUCAUGAGUCCAGCGCAGGUGCAGCGUACUGGGACAGCGGCGGAAUGCAGCUGGAGCUGGAGCUGGAGCAAGGCCGGGACUCUGGUAUCAGCAUCCCACCUGUGUCUCACUCUUCUGAGGAGACAUGUGGGACAACUGGAGACUGA